AUGUCUGAAUCAGAAUCGGACUCAGAUUUAACUUUGGAGCGUUACGAUUUAGAGGACGAUCUAAAUGCGUACGGGUCGCCAGUUUGUAUAUCGCCAAGGGAGGAACUACCCGCCGUCGAAGCAAAUUUUUUUUCCGUAGACAGUCGGACUCCUCAUUGAUAGUCGGACGCAUCAUUGAUCCGCGUCCAGGUCUCCGCGCGUUAUCAGUGAAUCCCUUCGUAACCCACUGGUGCACCAUAUAUCCAUCACUCCACGUUGUUCUUCUUCGACCAUGACGUGUAGAAAGAUGAACGAUUUACUUGCGAUGCCAUAAUAAAUCUACAAACUUAUUUUUCUGGUUCCGAAAAUACUCAAGAUCGGUUAUUGCGAGUUAAAACUAUAUAUCAUCCCUUUUGAAGAGAAUCAGGAUAAGAUAACCAGCGUGCAAGGAAAUAGUGGAAGAUUCAAAGCGACAAUCGAUACCACUUUCCACAAAUAGAAGUAUUGCAGAAUACCCUGUGUACGGAAUACAUAUCAUGUAGCCUGGCCACUAUUUCACUGGAUACGUAUAUACCAGAUCUUAUUGCCUCGUUCUAAUAUAUAUACAAGUUGAAACUAAUUACUAAGACAAUAUUACGAAUUGAUACUAUAAAGGAAAUAUCAUGGAAGACUUUUAAUGUUUAAUAUUAUGCUUAGUAUGUUUUAUAAUAUAAAAUAUUUUCUCCCAGCGACGCUAAUUAAUCAUAAUCUGUCAAACACCAAUGUCCGGUUACGUUGUGAGGAACAUAUUUGCAUAUUACACCACAUUUAAGCUCUCUAUAGCAUGAUAAUUUAAUCUAUUACUGCCAACUAAUUAAUGCCACGCAUUCGCGUAUCCACUAAAAUAUUCGCGUAUCCACUAGAAUAGAGAGCUACAUUUAACACCAUGACAACUUAAUCUAUUAAUGCUAAGCCUAAGUCACUAUAUGCCUCGUAGCUACCUUUAGCGGGCCACCAUCUAUUUAUUAUUAAUCUAUUGAGAAUAAAUGUAGAUGUAUUAAUACAUCGUAUCCAUGAUGUUUGAAAGGCAUAUAGCUUAAAAAGUGGAUGGGUAUUCUGCAAUGCCAAUCGCUCCUGUCGGAAAUCACCAAUUGCGAGCGACGAGUAUCCGCAGAAUAUUUUGUUUAAGGGCGCGGGUCAAUGAUGCGUCCGACUAUCAAUGAGGAGUCCGACUGUCUACGGAAAAAAAAUUUGCGGCGUCGAAGCCGCAGCGGUUGAACCCUUGAAUGAGCCAACUUUGGCCGCCGACGAUGAUAGAACACAAGUUAGUUUACCUUAUUUUCACCAGUUGUUUCACUAACAAAUAACUGUAUACUUGCAGACUUGUAUUUACGCAACAAAUUUAUGUUAAUUUCAGCGCUGUAGCUGCAAAAUCACGUGCAGCAAGCGAAGCGGCAGAAAGAAGCGAGGUUGCCCUUGCCGGGAUGAAGGUAUCAAAUGCACAGAAAGAUGUUCAUGUGGAACUAAAACGGCUAAUUGCAAAAACAAGACACAGGAACAGGAACAGGGAGCAGUUGCCUCUGCAAGUGCAGGAAAAAACGCUUUGAACGUCACGAGAUCGCAGUCAACGAAGCAAAACAACAGAUUACGGUGAGCACGUGCAUUUUUUAUCUCAGAGUUACAAUAUUGUAAGAUUUCUCACAAGCAUAAAGUGUCUGAAUAAUUAUGAAGCAUAUGAAUUUUUUACGGCAAUUGAACCCGCAACGUUGUGAAGCCACAGUAGAUAUGCAUGUAUGAUGGAGCAAUCUAUUUUACUUAUACCUUUUGUAGCCUCAAAAAUGUUGCAGUUGCACGUUUUGUACUGGAAGAAACACAUUUUCAACCGAUAAUUUUCCUGUUAUAAGCGCUGGUUGCCUGGUUUUAUAUUAUUACAGAUUACCUUUGUUCUCGCAUUAUGUAUGACGCACGUUCAAAUAUGAUCUGCAUACUGAUUACGUUUAUACCUUUGACAAAAACGUCGUUUGCUUAUAAGCUCACUAUUCUAAUUGGAGAGUGAGGUGAAAUUGCAAUCUUUUUGUUUAAAUUUCGUCCAUAUUGAACUGGCCACCUUUUAUUGCAGGAAUCAAAGUCAUAAUCGAGUACAAAACUGUUAAUAAAAUAAUCAAAACUAGGAAAAUGUAUUCAACAAGACGCUCUGUAGAGCGGUAACUCGCUGGGGCUAUACAAAUAGUCACAUUACUGUAUAUGAUACAUACAGCAUACACAGCUAUUUCAAUUAAGAUUUAAGGUUGUCUUCGAGCUAAGCGGAAAAGUCGAAUACGAGCGCGAAAGGCUUAACACAGUACUAAAAUGAGGUGCCCUACAAAUAAAACUUCCGGUGUAUCACGUUUCCGCCUGCAAGUAAAAUUAUAUUUAAGGCAAUUUUCCAUUGCAGUCGCUUUGCCCGCGCGGACGGAGCGGGCUUUGAAAAUCUGCUCACGCGGGCGUGACGAUCGUCAAAAACAAUGAACGCUUCGCCCACGCGGGCAAAGCAGACGUUAAUGGAAAACGGCCUUUAGUACUCUACAUUCUUCUGUCGGCCGCCAGUUGGUCCGUACGCGAGGAUUAAACUACGCUUUAAAAACGUUCAAAAUAAAAUAUUUUUGGGCUUUUAAGCUCAAAAUACUAUCAAAAUGAAGAGAUAAAUGAGAGGAAUCCACUGGUGUACGGCCGAAAAAGAGAAAACCAACGAUACCAAAGUUAUGAAGGAUUAAACUUACUGAAUUUUUUAUAAUUUUUUUUAUAAUUUUAAGCGAUUUGUCAACAAUACAAUUUCGCUUGGCUUUCAAAGACAAAGGCCAUAAAUCGCUAGAAAGUAGUAUGUUGUUUUGUAAUACAUUUCACAUCCGUAAGUAUACAGUAGUAUUUGCAACGAUUCUAUAGGAACUACCUGACGCAGCCACGCAGGUGCAAAAUCUAUAGUAGUUACUGUAGUCAGUGCGAAACGCUUGUUUUGAUUGCACUUUAUAAUAUAACUCUAUCAUGCUUUAAUAUAGGCCAUUAUCGCCAUUGGGUGUUUGGUUGACUGUUCAAUCGAUUAUGUAAUGAUGAACCAUCAGGGGAAUAGCAAUUAUAUAGCUUUUAAUAGAAAGUUCAUUUAUUGUAUAUAUCGUCACUUUAAAUUGUAGUUUUCUUUCAUCAGUUCGAGUUUGCAUGCAUGCCUGAGUUUGUGAAAAGUAACCCAUUUUAAAAGUAGAAUAAGAUAAAGUUGACAGGAAAAACUUGUUUCAUAUCUAUUCUAAAAUUGGUUUUCAUAUUUCUGAGGACAGUUGAUGGUUCUGAAAUGAACUUCAAAUUUUUAAUGAUCUUUCUGUCUGCAUGUCGAUUUUGCAUGUUCGAUCCUAUGUUUUGUAAGCAGCGUGUUUUGUAGUGGUGUUUGGAAAUUUGUGUCUUGCGCAUAGUAUCCUCGAAAUGCCGUUAACACCAUUUCGGAGACUCAAAAUUCAAAAAAUAUUUCGGGAGCAUGCCCCCGAGAAAGAUUUUUGCCAGUACGAACUUAAUCUACCUGUACAUGUCGGGGAUCUUAGCUCCUUUGUGGGGAAAUUUCUGGCGCUACCACUGUUUCGAUCUAUAGUAGGGACUGCAGUAGUAGGUGUAUAUGUUCACAUUGUGAUUGUAGUAACAACUACAUUUUCACAACCAUUUUCAAGACUGUAAAUAUUUAGAGAUUUUCAUAAUUCUACAGUAAUUUACAACAAAACUGCGCAUUUUCAAGACUCUACAUAUAUUUUCAAAAUUCUACAUUUUCACGAACUCAUAUUUUCAGUUAUUUUCAUUUUGUAUUUUUUAACUAAUAAGGGCCAAAUUACACGGUGCUGGAAUAUCGGAUCCGCUCGUGAUGACGUCGAAUUUAACAGAUUCAGGAAGGAAUUUUAAGUUAAAACACCAGAAAAUGCGAUUAUAACACGAAAAUUUUCAAGAGGGAAAAUUUAUACUCGAGAACAUUAUUCCUCAACGGCAUAUCUUUAAUAUUUUAUGUCGCCUUGUAACUCGGGCAUCAGUUGGCAGAUGCAUUAUAUUUGACAUUUAAGUCUAAGCGUCAGUCAUGUAAUUUUCAACACGUCGACGUUAUUCUGCAUUUUCAUGCAAGACUCCACAUUUUCAAGAUAUUUCCAAGGCUGUACAUUUCGAAGACUCGACAUUUUCAACCCAGUUUCACGAUCCCAGAUUCGCUCGUCAUGUUCAACAUUGAAUUUCACAGUUUCAGGAAGCACUUAACAGCUGAAUUUGCGGAGGUAGCUAAUCUUCGACGUAAGUCCCGACCACGGCCAAACCACACCCAUUUUCGUCAAGGGCUUAAAUCGAUCGCGAAGAAAGAAACACAAAAAGUCCGAGUUAAGACCCGUGAAAAGGAUACGCUUAACUCGAAGCAAAGUCUUUCGAGACAUGGUCUGGAAACUCCGCUAGACUCUUUGUUCUAUCUUUUUGUUCGCAUUUAUGCAGUUAUGCGUACGGAGCACGGUCAAUGAACACAUUGUAUUUCAGUAUAAUGAACGAAUCAUCCAAUAGCAACGAUUCAGUUCAGUCAUUGAACCAUGCUAUUUAAAUAAUAAACCUAAACCAAAGGAUUUGCACGGUGUAAGGCGUACAGCUGAACAUAAAAUCCCAGCUCAAUAUAACCGCUUUGAAGUUUACUUAUUAUAAUCGCUUUGAAUUAUAGUUAGUGAGUUUCCAGACCAUGUUUCGAAAGACUAUGCUCGAAGUCACCGAAAAUAUUCGACGCUCGAGUUAAGCCCCGACAUUUGAGGCAUGUAAAAGAGCAAUGAUUUAGUCGUCCACUUUCUAGCUGGAAAUAGUUAUCAUACGUCUCGGCUUAAAUAAGCUGCAUUUUAAAUGAGUCACGAACAACUCGUAUAAACAGUCAAUUUUCAUUUCAGAUUAUAACGGACUAUAGCUUUUAUACCUCUGAGCUUAUUACGAUCAUGAAUUGACCUUUUACGCGAAAUAAAGCCGCGAGGUCAAUUUAUUCGUAAUAAGCUACUGAUGUCUGUAGCCCAGAGGUACAAAAGUUAGUAAAAAAUAAUCUGUUAUUUAAUGAAACUUGGCUGUUUAUACGAGUUGUUCGUGACUCAUUUAGGCUGCAGCUUAUUGAAAUUAAGGCAAUUUAAGCCGAGGCGUAUGAUAACUAUUUCCAUGCAGCUACAAACAGGAGCAAAAGUUAUUGAGUCGACAACCGCAUAAAUGCCCCCCCUUACCCCCAAUUCAAUGUUGUGUGAAUGACUAAAAAGAGAAAAUUCAACCCACUUUUUCCAACAUUGAUCAUGGGAGCAGGGAGGAGGUUGACGUACUUUCAAAUGGCCAAAAAUGUGAAAAGUCUCAUUAUUUUUGCACGUGAUUGUAGAUUGUGGACGACUCUGAUCAUUACUCUUUUACAUGCCUCAAAUGUCGGGGCUUAACUCGAGCGUCGAAUAUUUUCGAUUACUUUGAGUUAAGCUCCUCUUUUUUCUCGGACGCGAUAAUAUCCCGAAUCGUAUUUUCAAGGAUUUUGCUGAAUCUCAGUCAGUUUCCUUCUUAUUAAACAGCUCUUUUGCAGAUCAAAAGUUACCCGAUUCAUGGAAGUUAUAGCCAAGGUUAAACCUGUCUGUGACAUAAACCAACAUUUGCAACCAAUAUCAUGCACUCAUUUGUUUCGUAUCCAAGCUAGCCGAAGAAUUUGUCAUAGAGAAGUAUGUUGCCCCUGUCAUUUUAGAAUCUAUUGAUCCAAACCAGCAUGGUGGCUUACCAAUUACAUCUUACCUUAUCAAAUCAAUUAGAUCAAAUAAAAUAAAAUCAAUUAGAUCAAGGCAUUCCACGUGCACAUGGGACCAAGAUGGGACCGUGGCUCUUUAUCCUUGUGAUAAACAAUCUAAACUGUCAGGCUUUAGCUGUUGGAAAUAUAUAGAUGAUACAACCAAUAUAAUAUAAAUACUUAUUUUAGUUUAACUGUUCUAUAACUUUUCUUGUCUCUCGUCUCGUCACUAUUUGUGUUUCACAAUAAUAUUGUCUCUCAAAAUUUCUAGUAGUACCUAUAUAUACGCGUCUCGCUCGCGCCCUUCUGUUUAUGUUUUUUGAUUGACAGUUAUAAAGUUAGAUACUGUAUGACGUCAGUCUACAACACUUGAUAUAUUUUGAACAUGUCAUAAUUAUAUUUUUGGCGUCUACUGGAACAGUAGAAGGCCUAUGCUGUCGUCGAGUUUGGGGCAGAGUACACAAUAAGGGUUCACUUUUCGGAGAUUUCGGAAAACGCUUGCUUACGCUGUUGUUCGAUCAUGUGGCGAGAGGAGAUUUCCGAACACAGGCGGUCCAAUUUCAGGAUGAAUAAUCAAGAGUUGCGGGUUUUUAACGGCUUUUAUUAAUUAGUAGCAUGACAAAAUUACUGGAUGCUGAUUGGUUGAGACGAGUACAAUUAUUUCAUUAAUUGUACUGCAGUACAAUUAAUGAUUUUCCCAAAACAAACAAAAUGGCGGAAAGGUAUUUUAAACACAGAUGUGGAAUGAAAUUGCCGUGAAGGAACUAGAUGAAAAUACGAACAAAAGCACCAAAUUUUGCUUGAACAAAAGAACUAAAUGAAAAUACAAACAAAAGCACCAAAUUUUGGUUGAAAGUCUGGCAGAACUGGGCUUUGGUGAGAGAAUAUGAUGUUGACAUUGAGAAGUACGUAUCCAAUUUUGUCAUGCUAAUAAUAAACAAGUAAUAUGCGAUGUUGCUCGUACAAUUAGCGAUUAAUAUUAAUCCAUAAUUGUACUCACCAUCGCAUCAUUACCUAAAAAUUACCUUAUAAACAAAUUUUAUACUCAACCAAAACUAGCCAAAAAACAUUCUUAAUUAGUCAAAUAACUACACUUCAACAAUAAAAUAUAGCUGACAUGAUAUUAUAAUGCUUUUGAAUUCUUUUAAUUACUCCAUGGGCUUAAUUAGAACGGUUUAUGCAACCUUUUCUGUGACCUAUAUGUUGUGUAUUGCUCGUCGUUACUAGAAGGUAAAAACUCAUCAUUAGUGGCCCGACCGCAUCGCCUUCAAAGUCAAACAUCUCCGCCCAAACUUGUCGUACGGCAAAACAAAUUCAAUCAGAUCUAAAGAAUAUGCAUGGUUUGAUCAUACAGCUCGGGCAAAUUUAGGAACGAACGGAUCCAAAAUCUCUCUCAAUUUCGGCUAUUUCCAUAAUACUUCAAACUGUUCGGGCGUGAUCGUGGACGUGAGUGACGUAAGCAAUACCUGACAAUACCGCCUUACGCGGGUGGGACAGCAUCAAAGUGACGAAUAGGCCGCGGCUUAAUUAAUUAAAUAAGUCGCGAACGCGGGUGGGACAGCAUCAAAGUGACGAAUAAGCCGCGGCUUAAUUAAAUAAGUCGCGAACGACUCGUAUAAACAGUCAAUUUGCAAUAAGCCGCGGCUAAUUUAGGCCUAGCUUUCAACUCUGGGCUUAUUUUAGCCGCGGCUUGCGAACUAUUAAUUGAUUGUUUAUACGAGCGAAAAUAAGCCGCGGCCUAAAUAAGCCGCGGCUUAAAUAAGUCGCGAACAAUUCGUAUAAACAGUCAUUUUGCAAACUGCCGUGGCUAAAUUAAGCCCAGCGUUUAAAGCUAGGCCUAAGUAAGCCGCGGCUUAUUGCAAAUUGACUGUUUAUACGAGUUGUUCGCGACUUAUUUAAGCCGCGGCUAAUGGACCUUUCCCCAAUUAACCAAAAUUUUGAACUCAACAAGUCUAGACAAAAAUUUCAUCACAGCUUGAAAGAGCAUCACAAAAUUAGUAAUAUUCCAAAGUUUCGUUGCAAAAUGUUGUAAAAUGCGGAUAAUAUAGCCUUGCGAAGUUUUUGCAAUUUUCAGUCAUUUUAGGUUACAAACGGGAAAUGGUUACCACUUCUGUGCGUAAUACAAAAUGACUGAAAAUUACAAACUUCGCAAGGCUAUAUUAUCCACAUUUUAUAACAUUUUGCAACGAAACAUUGGAAUAUUACUAAUUUUGUGAUGCUCUUUCUUGCUGUGAUGAAAUUUUUGUUUAGGCUAACUAUUUCCCGUUUGUAAUCUAAAAUGACUGAAAAUUGAAAAUUUUGCAAGGCUAUAUGAACCGCAUUUUUAUACAAUAUUUCGAAACGAAAAUUUGGAAUAUUGCUAAUUUUGUGAUGCUCUUUCAUGCUAUGAUGGAAUUUUGACUAGACUUGUUAAGAUCAAAAUUUUGGUUAAUUGGGGAUGGUCCAUUUAGGCCGCUGCUUAUUUUCGCUCGUAUAAAUUGCCCUAAUUGUCUAUAUGUAUUGUUUACGUCACGCCCACGAUACCGCAAACUAUAUUGCAAAAAAAUUAUGAAAUUUUUUCAUGGACAUUGAUAUAUUUUACCAACGUUCCAAUUUGCCAUGGAAUUAAAAUAUUUGAUAAUUAAAAUAUUUGGGAACCUGUAAAUUUGGGUGAUAUGUAAUAGCAUACCUUUAUUUUAAUAAAACGGUCAUUUCGUUUAUUUCUCUGCUUUAAGUAUCUUUCUUUGCUUCUGAUCCAGUUGACGCCAUGUGCGCUACAGCGUACCUAUUUUUCUUACACGCUGUCAGUCAAUAAGUACGUUAUGACAUUUUAGAAUUAUAUUAAUUUUAUAGCGUACAGGUGGCAAAUUUGUAUAAACAUAAUGUUGUUCAUCAGUCACUCUACGGAUGCAUGAACAGGUCUUCUGGUUGAAAAGAUCCACUGUCGUCAAGUAGUCAACAUUGAAAAGAUACUGAAAUACUAAAUCAUUCACGAGUUUGUCUCAAGCGAACAGACAAAUAAGUAAUAUCAAGAUGCUACCUGUUCAAUGGAAAAGGGCAAAACAAAUUUGCCGUGGGUCGUUAAAGCUCUCAUCGACUGUACAAUUUAGUCGUUUGGCUUCUGUACUUCUGAGAUUCAGUCUUUUGCCGCUGAUAUUUUUGAAUCUCCAAACUUUUGGAGAAGGGCUCGACUUUUGUUUUGACGCAUCAAAGGAAGGUAGGUUUUGGUAAACUGCAAGCGUUAAUAAAAACUGUCGUCCUUUUAGAGACGUGCAAUUUUCAAUGACAAUGUUUUAAUUUCUAGAAUAUUGAUUUGAUUGACAUGAAUGUAACCUUGCUUAUUUCAUACGUGUUGAAAAUUAUAUAGUGACUUUAAGAUUGAGCAUGCAAGGCCGCACACUGUAGUUAAAUCGCGUGACACCUCCGAACAGAUGUUGGCCGGCAUAUAGCUAUAUUUUAAUUACUAUAAACGCAAAAAAUAGACUUGUUGACAAAAAAUAGAUUAUUAAUUUGAUACGUGUUAACUGACUUAGUUAAAAUAGAUUAUCUAUGGCAGUCAUAACCGGAAAAAAUUUAUUUUUAAAACCCAGUUCCUUAAUUGUUACAUUUGUAUAAACUGAAUCUAUGAUCGUUUCUAUUUCGAAGACGUAGAUCAUUCUUAUCCAGCCGUGAGAUGGGAACAAGAUGCGGAGAUAUUUUAGUACUAGCUUUAGCGUCCCUAAAAAAAUUUGUGCAAAGUUGCAAUUGUUAAUAAUUUAUGGAGUUUUUUUUUCUGUGUUGGUGUUAUGCAUGUACUCAGGUGAAUAUGAUGUUUGUGAUGUUACUCGUGGCCAGGUAUAUCUUUCAAGCUUGCCCGGUGUGGAUAUACACUCAGAGUAACAUCACAAACAUACUUUAUGGAGUGUCAAAUGUCAACAGUUUUGCGUUUUAAAUAAGUAAAAUAUGCUCUAUAGCAACCAUGCAUAUAUAUCUAUAUUACAUCAGGAUAGCAAAAAGAUGAACAAUGACAAUAUACCAAAAUAAACUUAAAUGUCCGUGAGGUUCAAUAAAGGAAGUAAAGGACACCCCAUGCAGUGUUGCAACAGAUGACAAAAUCGGCGGAGUACCCCGCGCGAAUAGAGUUUGUAGUCGGAAUGUCACGCAAAGCACUGUUUUCACAUGAAACUGACUACAAUUACAACUAGAAGGGAUAUAGAUUCAUGUCUCGCUGUUCAUGAGUUAGGGUCAGCGGUUACGGUUAGAGUCAGGGUGCGGAUAGGGCUCUGAGCAUUCAUAAACAGCGAGACAUGAAUUUAUAACUAUACUAGAAGGCACUCGAAGACUGCAUGCAUCACAAAAUAAAUAAUGGGCAGAAGGUUCACUCGUGUCGGAACCUUCGAAGUUUUUGUGCCAGCGCAUUUCCCUCCGCGCCAGUGAACUCGUAAUAUCUCUGGAGCGAAAACUAGAGUCCAAAAAGUGAAGCCAGUUUCGUUUAAACCGCGCAGACAAAUGCAAAUCUUCUUAAUUUUUCGAAAUAUUUUUAUUGUUAUAAAUACAAGAGAUGGCAGGAAACAUAAGGUAUCUAAUUGUUAUCUGAGAAGAGAUUUUGACACAGAAUUGAUUAUUAAUCAUAAUUUAUGAAUAAAUUAAGUUACUAUACUAGAAGUUACUAUCGCAAGGAAAGUGCUGCCUCAUCCCCAAUGGAUCAAAGCCAGCAUGUACAAUUUGCUGAAUAAGGGGCUGUUUAUAUGAUCCUACUUUGCCAGGACGAGAUACAAGGUUUUCGAUGUAUUGAAAUAAGUCAUGGUCUACAACAUUUCAGUUCUGUUAACCAGCAUUUGAACUUUCAUUUAGCCUAGUGAAUUAUUUCAAUUCCUAAAAUCAUCCCACCUUCCAUCAUGUAAACAACCCCUAAGACCUGUCCAUGGGGUAGGAAAAGUGCAUUUUGAAUACCAAACCGGCACCUUGCACAAUGUUGAAGGUCAGCUAAAUAUUCUAUUUCUACUUUGUUGGCAUGGGUGAUUUUAUAUGAAUACUUUCAAUGCUAAUAACUUCUUGUUUUUGUAUGAAAAAUUAUAAUACUGUCAGUGGUGAAGCUAGCCAUAGCAACAGGUCAUGCUAUGCGAGUUUUUAAUUAUUUGCAUUGUAGGUUUAUUAGCAUAGCAUGACCAGUUGCCAUGGCCAGCUUGCCACUGAAUACUGUACGAUAUCAUAUAUAUAUAUAUAUAUAUAUAUAUAUAUAUAUAUAUAUAUAUAUAUAUAUAUAUAUAUAUAUAUAUAUAUAUAUAUAUAUAUAUAUAUAUAUAUAUAUAUAAAAAAGUACUCCGGUUUGAUUUAUAAUAACUUCUAAACAAGUAAAGCUAUCAAACAGAAAUAUCUUGCAUUAAAUAGAGGAAGGACUAACUUAGAUUUUGAUAUAUUACAGUUGUAUUUUACUUAAAAAUUCACGGAGAUAUUAAUGUUCAAAAUCGGGAGCAUAUUUUUCAAUGUGUCUAAAAUUAGCGAAAAUCGGCAUAUCAAAUAUUAACUUCAGCGUUUGUUUGCUUGAUGACAUAUCAGGCUAACUUGUAUUUCAGCGAAUUGUCGUUAGGGUUUGUAAGGGAUAUGGCAUAGAUUUAGACAUCUUGCAUGUAAGUCUUAGCUCAUUGUUUCUUGAAAUAUGAACGUACGAAAUUAUGCAAGUAUUUAAUAGGUCUUUACAAACUUAUAAGGUAAAUGAAAGACCAUGAAAGGCAGGCGCUUAAAUUCCAAAAUUUCUUAAAUAGCCUAAUUUUUUUAUGUUUUUCAUGGAUUCAAAACAGAGUUGAUUAUUUCUCGGUUAGAGCAGGAUUAAUAUUAUUCUGCAAUGAAGGAAAUAAUAUUGCUUUUUGCAAAUACACAUCACAGUAUCAACGCUACUAUUUUGUUACGUUUUGUUCCAAAAAUGUUGGAUGUCUCUGGGGAGUUGCAUGCUUGUUAUGUCUUAUCGAGUUGUAUGGUUUGAUUGUGUUUCAUUCUCAGUUUAUUCUGAACUUAAAAAUAUUAAGAAAAGGCAAAAGAGUUUGAGUGUUCUUAACAAGAUUUCAGAACGUUGCAAAAGUUAGAAGAGCUUCACAAUUCGAUUGUGACAGCAUGCCCUAAUUCAAAACUACGAACGAUCCAUGACAAUCCUUCGCGAUGCAGUUGUCUCUUGAAAUAAGGAAACGUAUUCGUGCUAGGAACACAAGCGGAUUUCGGACGAAUAAAUCUUGCUUGUAUUUUGUAGAUAAUAAUAAUUUGUCUCAUAAUAAACAAUUUGUCAAGUGUUAUUUAUUUACUGGUAAUCGUGCAUGUUUCAGUCGGGCAAAUCUUGAUUAAUAUUUGAUACGCCGUUUUUUGCAUAUUUCACUAGACACAUCCAGAAAUAUGCUCCCGAUUUUAAACAUUAAUAUCUCCGUGAAUUUUUAAGUGAAAUACAACUGUAAUAUAUCAAAAUCUAAGUUAGUCCUUCCUCUAUUUGAUGCAAGUUAUUUAUCUUUAAAAGCUAUACUUGUUUAGAAGUUAUUACGAAUCAAACCGGAGUACUUUUUUUUGGGACACCCGGUAUAUAUAUAUAUAUAUAUAUACAUAUAUACAUAUAUAUAUAUAUAUAUAUAUAUAUAUAUAUAUAUAUAUAUAUAUAUAUAUAUAUAUAUAUAUAUAUAUAUAUAUAUAUAUAUAAACAAUAAUAACACUUGAAUGAAUCAUUGGACAUGUAGAAUUUAAUAACAAUUCCAUGUAUAGAAAUAAGUCAGUUUUUGUCCCAAUUAUCAUUUUAAUGGCACCUUCAAGACUAUGUUCACAGAACAACUGAAUAAUCUACUGAUGGGGUGACAAAAUCUAUUUGUUGACAUUUUUGUUUAAUACGUCUGCUUCAGAUGACACCAUUCAUUUGUAAUGCCGACUAAGAUUGUAUUCAGUCAGAACUGCAAAGCAAUGUAAUAGGAAAGAGUUUGUGAGCAUUAUCGAAAAAUAUAGUAUACCCUGAAAUGUAAUGACACAGGCACACAACCAGGGUGAAUAUAUGAAUGAAGACCGGUAGGAUUAUUUCAUAUUUAUGCUAACAAUGGACCUAUAUCAGAGAUAUUUUUACAAUCGCCAUACCUUGUACAAAACUCGGUUGACAUGUUAUGUUGAUACAUGUAGGCUAUAACAACAAUCCACACUGUCGUCUGUCGCUGGGUUAUUAACUGCAUGGGUUCAAUGGCAGGUUGAUACAGGAAAUAUUUUUACAUUACCUAUAAAGUAUACACAACAUUCAGCAUUUGUUUUUAAAACGUUCUGAAAGCAAAUGGCUUUGUCUAUGAACAUCCAGAAUGAACACUAAACUCAUUGCCUUGGCACAUCGCCACACAAUUGACACAAACAAAUAUAAAACCAAAAGUACAUCAUUUUGACUCCUAAAUAUAUUAAAAAUAGACGAUCUAUUGUUUCAAAUACCUCAUAUCGAACGCUAAACAUCAGAUCUAAAUAUAAAUGCCUUGUAAUAUCACCAGAAAGAAAUAAAGCUAUCCUUACCUGAAUUAUUCAAAAUAUUGUCGAUUUGUGAGAAUCCAACAUACCGUAUAUCAUGCGAGCGCAAUACAAAAUAAAUUUUGACCGCUCCCCUCGUUUAAAAAAACUCCUGACGCCUUCAUUAUUUCCCCAGAAUUACAUAACUUGGCCAAAGAAACUGGACACAAGUAAACACAGACACGCAAUACUUCAUGUUAAGAAUAGUGUGCUGCCUUCGGCAGCAAUUACAAAGUCUAAAUUACAAACACAGGAAACAAGGAAAUGAGAGGGGGGGGGGCAUCAUGGUAGGAAAACAGGAGUUAGGAAGGCAGGGAAAGAGAGACAAAACUGCCUUGCUUGUUUGUUUGCUUAAGUAAUUCAGGUUAAGUAAAGGGAUACGGCAAUAUAUUUUGUAUUUUUUCAUUUUAAUUAAAGAACUUUUAAAAUUAUAUGUAAAUCUCUUUUACCGAUUUUGCGUAACUUUAUUAUUUCUUGAGAUAUUUGAACAGAAAAAAUCACAAAUCAGCGAGCUUUCUGCCAUCUUGGAUUUUGGCGGAUAUGCAUGUGACAUCAUAAGCAGGGUCACUUUUCAAACAAGACUUAAUGUUAUUUGGUCAUUUAGAUGUAGUUUUAUAUGGCUAACCCUGCUUAUGACGUCACUAAAAUCACCGAUAAUGAGAUAAAUAUUAAUCCAAGAUGGCGGACAGCAAAUUAUUUUAAGUCAAAAUAUUUCAAGAAAUAAUAAAGUUACGCAAAAUCGGUAAAGGAGAUUAACAUAUAAUUUUAAAAGUUCUUUAAAAUGAAAUAACAAAAAAAUAAAUUGCCAUAUCCCUUUAAGUACAAGAUUUUCUGCUCCUGAGCAUGUAAAAUAACUUCUAAUCGUAUGAUUAAAGAGCGUAACUACAAUCACUUUCAUAAGUUGUUGGGACACAUGUAGUUUUAGCUUUUAAGUGGAUCAUUACAGUUUUUUACACACAAUACCGUUCCCCUCCCCCUCCCCCCCCACCCCACCCCAAUCAAUGUUGUUUAAACCAAAACACAUAAACCCGACGAGAAAUGAGACACAACAUUGAACAGGGGGCGGGGGGAUUGUCGUUUGUUGAAAUUCAAAGGUUUUGUGGCAACUGUCCCAAGACUUUUGAAACGGAUUGUACAUAAAAAAUUGUCAAAUUACUAAUUAGUCAUAUCACUUCUAUUCUGUUUACGUACCCGCAUAGUAAUAUGACAUUCAAGUUCCAACAAAUGCUUGAUUUCAAGGGUAUACUUUUUUGAGGCACCCUGUAGUAUACCCCGCUAAUUUUCACCACGCAUAAUGAAAAAAUAUUGCGGAACAAAACAACAAUACUUAAUAAAAACCUAAAAUUUGCUCUAAGUCCUUUAACUUUAUAAAGAAAACUCACCUGAAUAUAUAGUGAAAAUAGUGAAAACAACUUCAAUCUUCACGAGAAAAUCGCAAUGUUUAAAACUUACUGCAGAAAAGAUUGAUAACUUGCCUCGACAGCUGACUAUAAGCGCGACUAAACGUAAAAUGUUUGAGUGCGUCUUUAUGACAGCACUCUGUAAAUAAACUAGUUGUUCCAUCAGUUAAACUAUUUGCCUACAGCUAAAGUUUUAUCUUUGCAAAGCAGGUUUCCUCCACACCCUUGGGAGAGUUAAUUAAUAUAUGAUAAUAAUAACAAGAUGACAGACAUAAAAUUCCUAUAAAAUUCGUAAUAUUAUUCCUAUAAAAUUCCUAAUAUUCCAAUUAUUUAGAUUUUACAAAUUUUCUGGUACAUGCAUGUCCAGAAGAAAAUUUAAAAUUGAAAUUUUUAAAGAGUACGGCCAGGGCCUUAAUUUUUCUUUUUGACCUGCACAUAUUAUAAAGUGCAAUUACCAUAUAUUAACGAUCAGAAACGUUGUAAACCACAUAGGUACUAAUAUACUGUGUCAUGUAAGUAGGCUAUAUAUCAAUACAAAUAUUUAUAAGAUCUUCUAAUGGUAACCACGUUGGAAGAAAACACGCUCCAACUAAAAUAGUUUGUUAUGAAUAUUCUUCCAACAUGGCCGCCAUGAUGUUAUGAAUGUUCUAAAAUAAUUCCAUAUAUACAUGCGGGUAAAGUAAACACCAGAGAAUUAACGAGAAUAUAUUUUAUAUCACGAUUCGAAUUACUCCGCCCAUGCACGAAUAUAAAAAAGGAAGCAAUAUCCUUCAAGCAGACUAUCAUUUUGUUUGUUAAUUUCUAGAAACCUCCAGAACCAGUCUCAACAAGCACUCCACCUCAGAUAACAUCGACAACACAAAAAUCAUCAUCAAGUAAGGUUUUAAAAAUCAUAAUUAUAUUAUAACUACACGACCGACAAGGACUCAUUACAGUAUACUGGGUUGGCCUAAUUUAACCAACAAUCUUACUAUUUAUACUACGCUAUAUUAAAAACUUACUUCAAAAGGUAAUAGUUAAAAGAAUUUCAUUUUACUCUGUUUAGCGAAUCAAGAACUGUUAUCAUCUUGUAAGGAACUACUGCAGAGAAACAGGUUUGUGAGUCACCAACGUUGAAGGAUUUUGUAAAAAAAUGUCGUGAUAUGGUUGAUGUCUCGACAUUCCAAAGAGACAUUAGAGAAAGAACACUUUAAACUAAACUGAUAGAACUAUUCAAUAUAAUGAAGUUAGGCUAGAGUCAAACGUCGAACUUUUCAUUUGCCGAACCUAAUGUUAAAGGAGGCAUAUGUCUUAUUUGAAAUAACUUUUAAAGUUAAAUAUGAAGAGCCUUUACAACUUUUUCGUACCUUGCUUGGUUUUCGAAAUAUUUUGACCAAAACAGUGUGUAGUCCGCCAUCUUGGUAUUAUAAUUGACCUAAUUAACUGAGUUUCUGAUGACGUCACAAGCAGGGUAAACUUGUUAAAACUUCUUCAUGUGGGACUAAAUUUCUUCGAAAAGUUUCUUAAAAUGUUGUGAGUUAAUUGAGUGCUAAAAAGACUUCGGAAAAUCAAGUUUCACAUUGAUAAUAAUGACAUGCGGUUUGCAAGAUAAAAAUUUCGAUUUUUACCCUACUUGUGACUUAUGCAUAUCGAAUGCAUAUCCAAGAUGGCGGAAUGCACGCUGCUUUUGAUUAAAAUAAGUCUAUUUCUUUCGAAAACCAAGAUACGAAAUAAUUGUAAAGGAAGUUUAUAUAUCAUUUUAAAUGUUCUUUCAAAUAAGACAAACUUAAUUUAUAUUGCUAUAUCCCUUUAAUGAGCUAAGUUCUUUAUUUCGACGUUUGACCUUGGCCUUAAGGCUGAUUUCCACUGUUGCGUUUUUCAUACGUACGUAUACGCACGUAAAACUUUAAAUCCGUUUCAAUGUUACUUAUGAAAUAACCAAAUAAAUAAAGUAACAGAAUUUAGUGUUCUGCAAGUUAUUAUUAUCUUAUUUGUAAAAUAUUUUAAAAAUAGGAGGAUUCAAAGUUUUACGUGCGUGUACGUGCGUACGAAAAACGCAACAGUGGAAAUCAGCCUUUAGUUUAAUAAAACUGUACUUUAAUGUUCUCUACACCAUUAAACAAAAAACAAAAGAAUCAGUAAUUUUUACAGGCUUAUUGGAAAUGUGGUGCCAAGAAUACCUUCCGCUAAUAUUUCUGAUUAAAGUUUACACAAUGUUACAAUGUGGUCAUGCCAACAUUCACAAAACUUCGUACUACUUAUAGGUCACUAAGCAAUGGUGUUUACCAACUACGAAAUACUGAUUCACUCAAACAAUAUCAAGUUUACUGUCACAUGACAGAAUUAUCUGGAUGUGGCCAAGGAGGUUGGACACUAGUGAUGAAAGUGAAUGGUAGCAAGGUAUACAGAUAAACUUAUUUAUAGCCUAUAACAUAAUCUCUUUGAUUAAUGCAGAAACAUGACAAACAAAUAAUAUAUUAAAAAAUGAGUACACGUUUUCUUUGCAGAAUGACUUUAGCUACAGAUCUGCUUACUGGACAAACAAAGAAACCUACGCAGCUGAAGAUGGACUUGAAGGUUUGAAUGAAAAACAAACAAAACUUGCUUCUUACUGGAACACACCGUUUAACAAAAUAUGCCUUGGAAUGAAAGUCAAUGGUGUUACAAAAUGGAUAGCGUUAAACUACACCGCCAACUCGUUACACAGUGUGAUCGAAUACGGGACUUUUAAAGGAACAACCUUUGGAAAGGAAGCAUGGAAGUCUCUCAUUCAUGGUUCGUUUUUGCAAGAAAACUGUAAUGAAGAAGGAUUUAAUAUACAAGGAGUUUACAAGUAUGGCAGGUCGCAGUGGAACAUGAACAUACGAAUUGGUGUGGUGGCAAAUAAUCAACACAACUGCGAAAGUUGUAACUCGUGCAUUGGCUUUGGAAUUUCAGUAAAUGGAUGCGGGAAUGGCGUAUGGAGCACAACGUGCGGCAAUAUGGCUAUUUGUUAUCAGCUGAAUAGUAACAACACGACAGCAUUUGGAUAUAUACUCGUACAGUAG